AUGCCCGCCACGGACCUCCGCCUGCUCGCCCUCGACGGCGGCGGCGUGCGCGGCCUGUCCUCCCUCAUGAUCCUCCGCCGCCUUAUGGCCACCGUCGAUCCUGACGCCCCGCCUAAGCCCUGCGACUACUUCGACAUGAUCGGCGGCACCAGCACCGGCGGCCUGAUCGCCAUCAUGCUGGGCCGCCUGCGCAUGACCGUCGACGAGUGCAUCGACGCCUACACUACGCUGUCCGACAGGGUAUUCGAGAAGAAGAGCCAUCGUGUAACCAUCAAAGGCAAGCUCCAGGGGCGGUUCGACGGCGCCGAGCUGGAGCGUGCAGUCAAGACUAUCGUAGUCAACCGCGGCCUCGGCGAGGAUGCACUGCUCAAGGACCCUGAUUCUCCUUGCAAAGUUUUCGUCUGCGCUACGAGCAAAGAGACUGGCGAUACUGUGUGCCUGGCCAACUACCGCUCCCCGCGCAGCGACAACUCCGACCUCCUCAACACCACCACGAUCUGGCAGGCCUGCCGCGCGACAUCGGCCGCGACAACCUUCUUCGACCCGAUCGCCAUCGGACCCUUUAACGAACAGUUCGUCGACGGAGCGCUCGGCGUGAACAACCCUGUCUACGCGCUGUGGAACCAGGCCCAGGACGUGUGGGGCGAUCAGCUGCGGGGUAGUCUCAAAUGCCUCGUCUCCAUCGGCACGGGCCUUCCCGCACUGCAGCCUGUGCGCGACGACGUCCUCGGAAUCUGGGCCACGCUGAAAGAUCUUGCGACGGAAACGGAGAAGACAGCACAGCAGUUCCAUCGCGACAAGUCGCACCUCGACGAUGAAGGACGCUAUUACCGGUUCAACGUGGACCGCGGGCUCGAGGAGAUCGGGCUCGAGGAGUCGAAGAAGAAGACGGAGAUUGCGGCUGCGACGCGCCGUUAUGUCGAGUCGCAGGCUGUGUUCAAGCAGAUGAAGGCGUGUGGGAACAAUAUUGCGCGACGAGAGUAUUACGGCACGUACCGAACGCCGUUCAGCCUGCAAGGCGUGCCGGUCUCGAAUCACUUCGUCGCCCGACCAUACGCUACCGCCGAGCUCGAAGAGUGCCUUCUCCCGCGACGCCGUUCACAAGAAACAAAACGACGGAUAUUCGUCCUAUACGGACUCGGUGGGAUCGGGAAGACGCAGCUGGCGGCCGACUUCGCCCGACGGCACCAGGCCGUUUUCAGCUCGGUGUUCUGGCUGGAUGGCCGAUCGGAGGACCGGCUGAGGCAGAGCCUUGCUAGCUGUGCAGCCAGGAUACCGGAAGGCCAGGUUUCCGAGAGGAGUAGGAAGGCUGUGUUGCAUAGCGAGGAGGAUCUCAAGGCUGUGGUGGCGGACGUGUUGGACUGGCUCGCGCGACCGGACAACAGCGACUGGCUCCUUAUCUUCGACAACGUUGACCAAGACGUCGAUCGGGGCAGCGAGACGGGCGCCUACGAUGUCCGGCGGUAUCUGCCCGGCGACCAUGGGUCGGUACUGAUCACUACACGGCUAUCGCGACUCGCACAGCUAGGCCAUUCGACGCGGUUAAAAAGGGUCGAUGAACAACAGAGCAAGGCCAUUUUCCAGCAGUGGCGCGGGGCGGAACUAGCUAUGGACGAGGCCGGUAGGGAGCUGCUCGGUCUGCUCGACGGCCUUCCGCUCGCGCUGGCACAGGCCGCCUCAUAUAUCCGCGAGACCGGGCUCGAUACCGCGUCGUAUGUUCGGCUCUACAAGCAGCAGUGGGACGAUCUGAUGGGAUCGGACGGGGAGUCGGGCUCGCCGCUGGUGGACUACGAACAAGGAAGCGUCGCGACAACGUGGACCGUAUCGUUCAAGGCGGUUGAGGCACAAAACAAGAACGCCGCGAACCUGCUCCGUCUCUGGGCCUUUGUCGACGGCAGAGACCUUUGGCACGGCCUGCUGCAGGCGGCUGUGGAUGGCGGAGAGCAGUGGCCUGGAUGGCUGUGUGACGUCGCAGGCAACGAGGUCCGGUACUUGAACGCGGUUCGACUGCUGCUCCGGUACUCGAUGAUCGAGUCUCAGGAAUCAGUGCAGGGGAGCCAUAUGAUGCAUCCGGUGGUGCAUAGAUGGGCGUCGCACAUACAAGAUGGCGCUGGGAAAAGAGAGGCCCUGCGGCUGGCGGUGAUGGUAGUUGGGUUAUCGGUGCCCAGCAGUACGAGCAAGGACUACUGGGUAGUCCGGCGGCGGCUCCUCCCGCAUGCGGAAAGGUGCUCAUGGUGGAUAGGAGAGAUAUAUGAGGCGGGACAGAGCUUUGACGACACGACGGUGAUAGACGCAAUGCAUAUGUUGGGCCUCCUCUACGCGGAUCAAGGCCGGCUGGCGGAGGCCGAGUCGAUGUAUCAGCGGGCGCUGGAAGGCUACGAGAAGGCGCUCGGACGGGACCACAUAUCGACUCUCCAUACGGUCAAUAACUUGGGCAACCUCUACAAGGAUCAAGGCCGGCUUCUCGGAUGGGACCACAUAUCGACUCUCGAUAUGGCCAACAACUUGGGCAACCUCUACAAGAAUCAAGGCCGGCUGACGGAGGCCGAGUCGAUGUUUCAGCGGGCGCUGGCAGGCAAGGAGAAGGCGCUCGGACGGGACCACACAUCGACUCUCAAUACGGUCAACAACUUGGGCAACCUCUACGUGGCUCAAGGCCAGCUGACGGAGGCCGAGUCGAUGUAUCAGCGGGCGCUGUCUGGGUUCCGGGUUGCCUUAGGGCCGUCUCAUGGAAAAACUCAACUUGUUAUGCGGAAUUUGAAUUCAUUGCCGCAUGCCAAAGAUCCGUCGGCUAUUUCACGGGAUUCCCUGUUCCUGUUCUCAUGUGCUAUAACCGAGCCGCCACCGCCGAAAGCUAAGGUGAAAAUACUGGAGAAAUUGCGGGUUAAAUUUCGCGGGUUUCCUAAGGAGCGAAGGCGUCCGCCGAGUUGAGGCGCGGCGGAGGACGAACGAAUUCCUCUAGCUGCCAUCACUCCAAACAAUUGUGUUCGCGAAUGAUAGAAUGGCUGCCGUUAAGAGUAACUAUUUGCCGCCCUAUAUACGGACUUCGUUGGAGAAGAAUAUCGCAGGUAUUUCAGAGCAGCUGAGAGAACCUGUG